AUGCCACAGCUGAGCCUGUCCUGUCUGGGCCUGGGGCCUGCAGCAGCUUCCCUGUGGCUGUUCCUACCCCUGGCUGGGGCCUCCUGCCUCCUGGCUUACAUCCUGACCCAGGCUUACGCUAUGUAUGAAAACUCUCAUCACCUUCGCUGUUUCCCUCAGCCCCCCAAACGAAACUGGCUCUUGGGUCACCUCGGCCUGAUCCAGGCCUCGGAGGAAGGGCUCCUGUACAUCCAGAACCUGGUGCGAACCUUCAGGGAUGUGUGCUGCUGGUGGGUGGGGCCGUGCCAACCCGUCAUCCGCAUAUUCCACCCUGCCUUCAUCAAGCCUGUGCUCUUGGCUCCAGCUUCAGUUGCUCCCAAGGAUACAGUCUUCUACAGCUUCCUGAAGCCCUGGCUGGGAGAUGGCCUCUUGAUGAGUGCUGGUGACAAGUGGAGCCGCCACCGUCGCAUGCUGACACCCGCCUUCCAUUUCAACAUCCUGAAGCCUUAUGUGAAGAUUUUUAGUGACAGUGCAAACAUCAUGCAUGCCAAGUGGCAGCGCCUAGCCUCCAAGGGAAGUGCCCGUCUGGACAUGUUUGAGCACAUCAGCCUCAUGACCCUGGACAGUCUGCAGAAGUGUGUCUUCAGCUUCAACAGCAAUUGCCAAGAGAAGCCUAGCGAGUACAUCGCUGCCAUCUUGGAACUUAGUGCCUUAGUGGCCAGAAGGCACCAGAAGCUGCAUCUGCACGUGGGCCUGUUCUAUCAUCUCACCCGGGAUGGGACGCGCUUCCGGAAGGCCUGCCGCCUAGUGCAUGACUUCACCGACGCCAUCAUCCAGGAGCGGCGCUGCACCCUCCCUGAUCAGGGUGAUGAUGAUGUCCUCAAGGCCAAGGCCAAGGCCAAGACUUUGGACUUCAUUGAUGUGCUGCUGCUGAGCAAGGACGAACAUGGAAAGGCACUGUCUGAUGAGGACAUCCGAGCGGAGGCUGACACCUUCAUGUUUGGAGGCCAUGACACCACGGCUAGUGGGCUCUCCUGGGUCCUGUACAACCUGGCAAGGUACCCGGAAUACCAGGAGCGCUGCCGGCAGGAGGUUCGGGAGCUGCUGAGGGACCGUGACCCUGAGGAGAUUGGAUGGGAUGACCUGGCCCAGCUGCCCUUCCUCACCAUGUGCAUCAAGGAGAGUCUGCGACUGCAUCCACCGGUCACCGCUAUCUCCCGCUGCUGCACCCAGGACAUUGUGCUCCCAGAUGGCCGGGUCAUCCCCAAAGGUGUCAUCUGCCGAAUAAGUAUUUUUGGGACCCAUCACAAUCCAGCUGUGUGGCCUGACCCAGAGGUCUAUAACCCCUUCAGAUUUGACGCAGACAACGCCAAGGGCAGGUCACCCCUGGCUUUCCUUCCCUUCUCCGCAGGACCUAGGAACUGCAUCGGACAGACUUUCGCCUUAAGCGAGAUGAAGGUGGUGCUGGCGCUGACGCUGCUGCGCUUCCGUGUCCUGCCGGACGACAAGGAGCCCCGCCGGCAGCCGGAGCUGAUCCUGCGCGCAGAGGGCGGGCUGUGGCUGCGGGUGGAGCCGCUGAGCUCGCAGUGA